AUGCAGUGCAACGAUGAGAAGAGACGGCAAAACUCAUGGAAGACGCCGGAGCUGGAAAGCAAUGAGUUCAUAUCAGCCCUAGCAGCAGGCAUGAAAGCAAAGCUUAUAGUUGAGGUUACCUCUGGGGUGUCUCCAUCAACCAUAGCCCUAGCAGCGGCCGCCAGACAAACCGGAGGCCGGUUGGUCUGUAUUCUCCCUGAGCGAGUCCUGGACGAAUCCACUAAAGUGAUCAAAGACUCGGGCCUCAGAGACAUGGUGGAGUUCAAAACCGGCGACCCCUUUGAGCUGUUGCCCAGCUAUGAAAAGAUAGACUUCUCUUUCGUCGACUGCAAGACCGAAAACUAUUCAAGGUUGGUGAAUGUACUGGAUGUUAACCCUAGAAGAUCAGUGGUGGUGGCGAACAAUCUGGUGGGAGGGAAAAAAGGGUUGGGAGGCCAUGUAAAAGGGCUGAAGGAUAAGGUUGAAGUGAGGUCCAUUGGAAAAGGCAUGGAGGUGACAAUGAUAGGGAGAAGCGACGACACCGAUCAGAAGAGCGAUUGCAGUGGAAGAGGUGGAGAAGGAGGAGGCCAUUCUCAGGGUAAAAGAAGAGGGGCCAAAAGCAAAUGGAUUGUGAAGGUUGAUGAAGAGAGUGGAGAAGAACAUUUUUUUAGGAUGCCCAGGUCUCUUUAG